ACUGUUUUUGUCACUGAAUGAAGAUCAUCAAUAUUGUAACAACUGUGUGUGUUAUUGAUGGCUGUCAGGUGUGGCUGUUGAACCAGAUCCCGGGUCCCAAGGGUAUUCCAGUACUGGGUAAUGCUCUCUACUUCAAUGUGGAUGCCACAGAACUCUUCCAGAGAGUCUUGAAGGUGACCGAGUGCGGUGAAGUGUCCAGGAUGUGGAUGGUCCAUAAUCCUUUCUGUUUCCUAAGCAGCGCAAAAACUGCCGAGGUGUUAUUAAGUAGCCACAAACUGCUGGACAAGGGCAUGGACUACGAGUUUCUUCACCCCUGGCUGGGCUUGAAUCUUCUCACUUUCCCAGGCAGUCUCUGGCACACACGCAGGAAACUGGUCUCUCCGGCAUUCCACUUCAAGAUCUUAGAAGAGUUUGUCUCGAUCUUUAACAAACAAAGCUGCAAGCUGGUCCAGAAGCUGGAGAAAAAAGCUGAUGGAAAUACCUUCGACAUUUUUGAUGAUGUUACGCUCUGUGUACUGGACGCAAUUUGUGAGACAGCGAUGGGACGCUGUAUCAACGCUCAGGAAGACAGUGAGUCAGAAUACGUUCAAGCAGCCAGGAAGAUGUCCGGGUACAUCCAGUAUCGCAUUUUUCGUCCCUGGCUACACAGUGACAUCAUGUACAAACUUCUGGGACCUGCCAAGGAGUCUGAUGCUUGUCUCAAAAUUCUCCACCACAUGUCCAACACCACCAUCAAGGAGAAGAAGCAAAAUAAAAACAAGAAUAAAUCAAUUAUUAAUGAGGAAGAAACAUUGGGAAUUAAAAAGCGUCGAGCGUUCCUUGAUCUUUUGUUGGAUUAUGCUGAAGAGAAUCCAGAGUUUACUGAUGAAGAAAUUCGGAAGGAAGUGGACACUUUCAUGUUUGCCGGCUACGACACCACAGCUUCAGCGAUGAACUGGAUCCUCUAUAACCUCGGACAUCAUCCAGAUAUUCAGGCUCGUGUACACGAAGAGUUGGAUGGAAUAUUGAUCAACCCUGACAGUCCCGUCACCACGGAAGACGUUCGUCAGAUGAAGUACACGGAAAUGUGCAUCAAGGAGUCAAUGAGGCUUUUCCCACCUGCGCCGGUAAUCUCCAGAACAGUUAAUGAGGAUGUUGUUAUAGACGGCUAUUGUAUUCCGGCCGGCACAACAGUGUCAAUAGUUAUUUACAAAAUUCACCGCGACCCAACACAGUUCCCUGAUCCAGAGGUGUUUGACCCUGACCGCUUCCUCCCAGAGAACGUCAACAAGCGUCAUCGCUUCUCCUACAUUCCUUUCAGCGCUGGAAUCAGGAACUGCAUUGAUCCGUUGGCAUGGCCGACGCGGCAGGUUGUGUAGUGGGCUAGCUGCGGGAUUUUCAAGGAUAGCUCCUGGUCAAAGAGGCUGACCAGGUCCCUACUUAACAGAACUCAGUGUGAAUGCUUUGAGAAGAUACCAGAGCAGCGAACGGACAUCCCAGUGCAUCGUUUCAGCGUAAAUAGUUGAAGUGUUGUGCAGUUUUAAGAGGGUUUGGUGUUGUCAAGUCAGGACCAGUCAGCGCCUCCCCCCCCUCUCCGCUGGGGGGGAGGGGGAGGGCGUGUGUAGUAAACAGUGACCCUCUCAUAACGCCUCACCCCUGCCCGUCUCCCCCGCCUCACCCACCCAACUCCCAGCGCCACCCCAUCUGUAGAGGGUACUUCUCCCCUAACCCACGAUGUCAGCGAUGGCACUGCAGGGAGUGCCGGGCUCACAGGAACUUCCACUACAGGGACAGCAUCGUGGAGUUCGACCGCGAGGCAGCUGCCAGGUGUGCCACAGGCAGUGUGUACUCAGUUCCUCAAGCUUCAACAUCCGUGCACACGAGGGCCUGGGAUCUUCAAUCAACUUGGCGUCCACCAGGACGCUGACAUGUCCCUAGGACAGCUCUCCAUCGGGCUGCUAACGGAGUCACUGGCUUCUUGGACCUCUUGGGGAGGGUCGAUGGUGCUCGUGCAAGCAGCAGAUUCCUGGGCAACUUGCUGCUGUUUGCAAUGGCUGUCUACCGAGGAGAGACAGGCACCUAGCAACAUCUGUUGUUGGGGCAUUGGAUGAAUUCCUUACUAUGUUUGUUAACUGCUCAUUACUCUGUAAUUUGUCUAUGAUUGUAAUCAUGUCAUAACGUGUUUAUCAUUCAUUACCUUUGAAACUUGUCAUGAUUGUGACCAGCUCUACCUGGAGCUCAUUACCUUUGUAAAUUCUCAUGAUUAAUGUGUUUAUGAUUCAUUACCUUUGCAAUUAUUCAUGAAUGUGACCAGCUCAACCUGGAGCUCAUUACCUUUGUAACUUGGUCAUGAUUAUGACCAGAUCUAGUUCAUUACCUUUGUAAUUUGCUCAGCUAUCAAAACUUUGGAGUCCAGUCCCUGGACCAAUUAUGUACC